GACCCGCGACCGCCAACACGCUUUCGCGACACCCACUCCCGCACUGCAACGCCGAGCAUCAACACGCGAUAGUGUUCGCGUUGAACGCGCGCCCUUUCUCUCACGCAGUGUGAUCGUGCUUCGGUACGUGAAUGCAAAACCGGACUACUCUCUUGACACGAUACAGCGCAAAGGAAUCCAUCGCGAUUCGGACAUCUGAAACAUUCUAAGGGCGCGAGGGCUGGCCUGCCACUCGCCCGGACCUGCCGCGACCCCGCGGCGAAUCUACGUAGCGACGAUAACUACAAACACGUAGGCAAACGGAGAACACGUUAUGACCGCGACGCACGGUGGCGGCUGUGAAGACAACCGCCCGGACAAGGAUUCGGUAUAUACAAUCAAAACUGGCUUCAAGAACGAUGGCUACCAGCACGAUAGAGAUUCUAACGACGAUAUCGUUAAACCACCACCCCUGCCUACCGAAGACGACUCCUACGCCUCGGGCAAGGUCAAACUUUCGAGAAAUGAGAAGUGGAGGAUAUUGAAGAACGUAGCAGCCGUUAGCGCUGCGUUCAUGGUGCAGUUUACCGCUUUUCAGGGAACUGCGAAUCUUCAGUCUUCGAUCAACGCCGCUGACGGACUGGGAACGGUCUCUCUGAGUUCCAUUUACGCGGCUCUUGUUGUCUCUUGUAUAUUUGUACCCACGUUCCUAAUUAAGAGGCUAACUGUGAAAUGGACCUUGUGUCUCUCUAUGCUCUGUUAUGCGCCGUACAUUGGCGCCCAAUUCUACCCUGCGUUUUACACGCUUGUUCCGGCUGGAGUGAUUGUUGGCCUGGGAGCAGCUCCUAUGUGGACCUCGAAGGCUACAUAUCUAACUCAAGCUGGAAGUGUAUACGCAAAACUAACGGAUCAAGCCGUUGAUGGCAUAAUCGUAAGAUUCUUCGGCUUCUUCUUCCUGGCUUGGCAAACAGCUGAAUUAUGGGGAAAUCUUAUCUCAAGUUUAGUAUUUUCAUCGGGAGUGCACAGCGGAAAUACAUCCAAAGAGAACACCAGCAAUACACUUCUAUCAUGUGGAGCCAACUUCUGCAUGAUCGGUGGAGGACACCACGACAACCAGAACCUACACCGGCCACCAGACAGCGAGAUAUACGAGAUCAGUGCCAUAUACCUCGCGUGUGUGGUGGUAGCCGUUUUGAUGGUGGCUUUCCUUGUAGAUCCUCUUUCUAGAUACGGAGAGAAACAAAGAACAUCUGACGCAUCAAAGUUGACGGGCAUUCAACUGCUGUCAGCAACAGCUUACCAGUUGAAGAAACCUAAUCAGCAAUUGCUCAUCCCCAUCACGCUGUGGAUCGGGAUGGAGCAAGCGUUCAUCGGCGCUGAUUACACUCAAGCCUACGUCUCAUGUGCUCUCGGUAUCCGAUCCAUUGGCUAUGUUAUGAUAUGCUUUGGGGUCGUGAACGCGCUGUGCUCAUUGCUCUUUGGUUCAGCUAUGAAGUACAUUGGACGAUUUCCAAUAUUGGUGAUGGGAGCUGCUCUUCACUUGGGUCUCAUCGUCUGGCUGCUUAUUUGGACACCAAAUCCUGAUUCACCGACAGUAUUCUUCGUUAUAUCCGGCUUGUGGGGUGUUGGAGAUGCUGUUUGGCAAACGCAAGUUAAUGGUCUUUACGGUGUUUUGUUCCGGAGAAACAAGGAGGCCGCCUUUUCCAACUACAGGCUUUGGGAGAGCGCUGGUUUCGUUGUUGCAUAUGCCUAUUCCACCCAUCUCUGCGCCAGGAUGAAACUAUAUGUGAUGAUGGUUGCCCUCCUAAUUGGUGUCGUCGGUUACAUAAUUGUUGAGAUACUUCACAUGAGAAAGGCUCGUCGUCUGAAGGCUAUCGCUGAGAACCCGGUUGCCGCGGCUGAAGCUGCCAAGCAACCUCCAGAAGAAGAUGAUGAAAAGGACGAAAUCGAUGACGACAUCAUCAUAACACAUCUGUAAAUGCGGAGUUAGACGAACUCCAGCGUUCCGAGCGCUUUCAGCGCUAUAUUGCCAUACACACAUAUUAGGUACAAACCACGAGCUGAUGUAAUCUCGAUUUAUUCUAUUUAUAUAUAUGUAUCCAAUAGUUAAGUGUAAUUUGAAGCAAAGAUAUAUCAAGUACAAACAUUUCACACAUUCGAACGUGGCCUGUUUGUCGGAUACGCUCUGCCACGGCAGCACGCAAAUGCAUUACAAAAUUGUUCCAACUCACUGGUACACUUCGGUCCGAUCGGUCUCACCACGGACAGAUCUCGAGUCGUUUAAAUAUUUUGUGUUUAUCAAAUGUUAUUAAAUGUUAGUUACACGUCGCGAGACGACACGAAAUUAUAAUUUAGGUUGACGGCGUAUUGGCAACUGUUUACGUAACAUUGUUUCAAUGAGCUCCGCAAAAGUUAUUUCUUCUGUCAAUAUUUGAUCAUGGACAAUCAAAGAUUUUAUUGAAACAAAAAAACUUGGCAGUUUCACUAUUGUUUUAUUCAUUAUGGUAUAAAUAUAAAAAAUUCUUAAUAUGAAAUCUAUACUAUCUUGUGUUUUCUUUCAAAAAAUUAUAAUUAAAAUUUUCUUUGUCUUGUUUCCUGUAGAUUAUUUGCAACUAGGUAUAACAAUUCGUAUUUUAUUUCUAAGAAUUUUAAUAAAGCGCAAGUUCGAAUUAAUUUAUUAUUGUUUUACUGAAUGAGUAAAACAGCUGUGUAUGUAUUUCCUUCAAUCGUAAUCACUCGCUUUGUCUCGUCUAUAAUAGUGUUUGGAUAUAUUUUUUUAUUUAUUUUAUUCUAUAAUAUAUAACCUUUUUUAGUUCUCGUAAGAUUUGUAAAAACAUAUUUUAAAGUAACAACAAUCUGUAUAGAGAAAUCUCUCAAAGAAUCCCUGAAAGGUCUAUCCAAAUAAAUAUAGCGCUAAAAUGGUAUAAUAUGGUCUUAGAUUUAAAAGUAAUCUUUUGUUUUUUAAUAAUAAAAAAAAAAACAUUCCAAUGUAUUGAAAUAUUAGCAGCUACAUUUUUAUUGACUUGUUGUCGUUUACGAAUACUUUUUUAUCUGUGACUGUAUUACAUUUUAUAAUUAUGCUUUAGUAUUAAUGUUGUGAUAUGAAAGAAAUUUCAAAUAAUCGUAUGAAAUUUCGUAAACCCUGGCAAAUAAAUCUCUUUUAUAAAUUUCGAUUGAUCCAACCAAAAACUAUCAAAUUUUGACACAGUUUUCUGUAAUAAUAUGUUUUCUAACUUCAUCUUUAAAUUACUAUAUAUUUAACACACUUUUGUUUUCCGUUUUCUCUUUCCCUCUUUUUAUAUUAUGUAAAAUAUAAUAAUACUGACAUGAUCUUAUUAAUCCAACAGGAGAACAAACUUAUAUAUUAUUUAUUAUCACGUUAACAUUCUCUUACCAGAAAUACGCGUACAAAAUAAACCGACAACGCGUUUUUAUUUAGAUGAUAAAUACUUGAAUAAAAAUGUGAAUUUGUUGCCGAAAAUAUUCAAUAGAGAUUUACAAUAGGAAACAGAAUCAAUUAUUGUAGGCGCAUAGAUCAAAUAAAUUAAUAUUAUAUUGAUAAAAUUCACAAUAUUUUAGAGUGUAAGUUAAUAUAACCAUUUGCUAUAUCCAAAAUAGCGAUGUUGUAAAGAAAUGAAUUUAAUUUUUAUUUGAAUAUUGAAUAACAUUGUCUCAAAGUAUGAUAUACAUAGAAUUUCAUUGAUUUAAGGAGAGGCUCCUUUCAGAUUUCUUUAAAAAAAAAGGGGAGGAAAACAAAAUUUAAAUGAAUUAAUUGAAUUAUGACAAAUAUUCGAUUUAAGAUGUUAGACCGUCUAAAUUCGAAUUAUAUUUUGAUUUAAAUCAAUAAUUUAUACCGAGUUUUUAUAUUAUAAAUAAUUUAAAAUAUAUAUUGCAAGUAUUGGAAAAAUAUAAACAUAUAAUUAGACAUAAUUGAAUAAGUAUACACGUUUUGAAAAACACAUUUUUCACUAAUCACAUUUCGAAUAACGUUUUGUAGCACAAAAUAAUAAAUAUUUCACGUUUGAUCUUAUUUGUUGAUUCACAAUAAUACCAAAGGUGUGUUUUUCAAAUAACAUGUUGUUUUAGGGUGAAAAACCACGUGAUAACACUAUAGCU